AUGCCUGUUUUUAUCCCCGAGAGAGAUAUUCCAAGGCUAUCAGGCAAGAUUAUCCUCAUCACGGGAGGUACCUCAGGCAUAGGCCGCGAGACAGUGCUUGCCCUAGCCCGCCAUGACCCCUCCCACAUCUACUUCACCGGCCGCAACGCCACGGCAGCCACAGCCAUCAUCUCUCAAGCGCGAGACCUCAACACCACCUCGCCGCCCCAGCUCACCUUCAUCCCUCUCGACCUCGCCUCCUCGCGGGAGCAUAUCCGCGCUGCUCUCGUGAGCUACUUCCACUCCUCCCGUCUCGACAUCCUCAUCGCCAACGCCGGCAUCAUGGGGACGCCGCCGGGCCUUACAGAGGAGGGCUGGGAGCUGCAGUGGGGCACGAACUACAUGGGCCAUACUAUCAUGCUGCACCUCCUGCGGCCCCUCCUACUGCGCACGGCGUCUGCAGACGGUGCGGAUGUGAGAUUCGUGUGUGUCUCCAGCCUUGGGCACAAAUCCGCGCCGGCGGGCGGUGUGCAGUUUGACAACCUCAAGAGCCCUGACGCUGUCAAGGGUGAGUUCGCGAGGUAUGGCCAGAGCAAGCUUGCCCAGAUCUUGCUGUGUAGGGCUAUGGCGAGGCACCAUCCAGAGAUUGUGUCGUUGUCUGUCCACCCUGGCUUGGUGAAGACGGGUCUGCUGGGCAGCACGAAGCAGUCGGCGCUGAAGCUGCUGUUCCAGGCCACGCCGUUCAUGCAAAAGAGCGCCAAGGAGGGGGCUUACAACACAUUGUGGGCGGCGACGAGCGACAGAGACGGUCUGGUCAACGGGGCAUAUCUUGAGCCUGUGGGGAGGAUGAAGGGGGCCUCGAAGAUAUCAGAGAGUGAUGAGUUGGCCGAGAGGCUGUGGCAGUGGACGGAGAACGAGCUCGAACGCCUGGAACUACUUUAG